AGUUACUCCGUCUGUCCAGCAGGGGGCGAUGGCGCACACACUGCCGCUCUCCAAGUUCUCACGAAGAAAAGGCACUUCCGCUGCUCCACUCUGUCACAGACGUCAUUUGAUACAGCGAGAAAGUCAGGAUGGCAGGUCGUCGCAUAGCCCUGAAGGCCAUUGACUGGGUGGCGUUUGCUGAGCGGGUUCCACCCAACCAGAGGGGCAUGUUCAACGCUCUGAAGACCCGCAGUGAUGCCAUCGCUGCAAAACUUGCCUCCCUGCCUGAGUCUCCUACCACCAUCGACUGGAGUCACUACAAGGUCGCUGUCGCCAAAGCCGGCAUGGUCGAUGAGUUCGAGAAGAAGUUCAAAGCCCUGCAGAUCCCUCAGCCUGUUGACACACAGACCAGCGCCAUCACUGCACAGGAGGCUGAAUCUAACAAAAGUGCAUCCGCCUACGUUGAAGGAUCUACUGCUCGCAUUGCUCAGUAUGAGCAACAGCUGGAUAAGUUCAAGAACAUGAUCCCCUUCGACCAGAUGACCAUCGACGACCUCAAUGACACUUUCCCCGAGACCAAGUUGGACAAGGUCAAACACCCCUACUGGCCCCACAAGCCCAUUGCCGAACUGUAAUCCUAUUACUGGACACCCGCCUCCCAAUAAAGAUUAUGUAUUUUAAAAACAAA